GAGGCUGGCCUGACUGUCGCUCUCUCUAUAGGGCCCAAGCAGAGAUGAGGGAGAGCAGCCUGCUGAUUCCCAGAGACACCACAUCCCUGUGACUAUAGCAGCACUGCCAGGGCCAGGCCACCUGAAUCAUCUUCAGUAUCAUGGAGCCUUCUGGAGAGAAGCCAGGAGAAGCUGAGGGGCUGAGCAUCACACCCCAGCUGCUGAAGUCCCGCUCUGGAGAGUUUGCCCUUGAUUCCAUCCUGUUGCUGAAACUCCGGGGUUUAGGGUUGGUGGACUUGGGCUGUUUGGGGGAGUGCCUGAGCCUUGAGUGGCUUGACCUGUCGGGUAAUGCACUUACCCACCUGGGUCCACUAGCACCCCUGAACCAGCUGGCCGUGCUCAACGUCUCCAAUAAUCGGCUGACUGGGCUGGAGCCAUUGGCUGCCUGUGAAAACCUGCAGAGCCUCAAUGUUGCUGGUAACCUGCUGGCCACUCCUGGCCAGCUGCAGUGUCUGGCUGGGCUACAGGGCCUGGAGUACCUGAGGCUCCGGGACCCUUUGGCCCGGCUCAGCAACCCACUGUGUGCCACUCCCUCCUACUGGGCUGUGGUUCGAGAGCUGCUGCCUGGUCUCAAAGUCAUAGAUGGAGAACGUGUGAGUGGGCGGGGCAGUGAUCUGUACCAGUUGUGCCGAGACCUGGACAGUUCCUUGCGCCGCAGCUCCAGCCCAGGCCCCAUAGCCAUAGAGGCCCAGCUAUGGGUGGAUCCUGACUACUGGGAAUCCUGCCCUAUGCAGAGCAGCUCCAUUCUGGAAGAGGCCUGCCGGCAGUUCCAGGACACACUGCAGGAAUGCCUUGACCUGGACCGCCAGGCCGGUGAUAGCUUGGCCCAGGCCCAGCAGGCUCUGAGCGCUGCAGAAGCCACCUCCUCUGUUGUCUUCUGAAGGUGCCUCAUAGCCCAGGUUUUCUCAUCGUAGGGCGGUUGCCUACAUCCCUUUCCUGCCCCAUGCCCCUGCCUCUCUGGUUUUCUCUGGUCUCUUUGAUGAGAGCAUCCUAACUCCUACCCCACUCCUCCCCAAGGACAUGUCGUGCCUUCCUUCCACACAAGCAGGGACAUGCUUUCCGAGUGGCCUCUCGCAGGCAUAGGAGGGUCUCUCACUAUCUGGCAAAUACUGCAGCCAGGCCCAGGGCAUCCUGAGGCUGGGCUCUCCCAAGUGCCAAGCCUGAGGCUUUGUAGGUAAAGCUACUUGCCCCUGCUAACUCUGAUUAAAUGGUUCUCUGCUCAUUUGCAGCAUUUCUUGUCUCUUGUUCAGCAAAAAUGCGGACUUCCAUACCUCUGCUUUGGUCCUGUAGGAGACUCCUGCACUCACCUUCCCUGCUCCUUGCUGGUACGAGGCAGGAAGUGUGUGUGGGGGAGGGGGGCGGGUGACACACACACCAUCCAGUCUUUGAGCUUUUCUUCUGUGUACAGUUGAGGGAAGAACAACACGAGGUUGGAAAGGAACAGACUCAGCAAUUUUAUUAGUGUGGAGUAUGAAGUCUUUGGGAGUCAGUCAGUCCCGGUGCGUCCACUGGGCACUGCCACAGCUGCACAGGGAGAUGGAGGUCUGGAGAAGAAGGGAGACCCAGACUGGGUAUAAGGAGGAUGUUUGGGUCUACUCUUAGCUUUCUUCAAGUUUCACAUACCCCUCCUCUGCCUCCCUCAGCCCAAUUUUCAUGCCAAGGGCUCUGUCUCCGCUAAUAACCUACCAACCUACCUGUCCAGGGCUUAUUUGUGUUUCAGGGCCCUGGAGAAGGCAAACUGUCCAGGGAAGAAGUGGCUGCGGGGGUCCUCGCCAGCCUGUGUUAUCCUAUUGCACUGGGACUCCUGAGGCUCCUCCUGUUGGAACCGGUAUCUGUUCCAGGAAUGCCUGGGAGGAGAGGCGCGACCACAACCCCCAGGGGAAUGUCUCAGCCACCCCUGCCUGCACCACUCUCCUUUCCAGAAUCCCUUCUUACCUGAAGUCCUUGCUUCAGUAUUGGGCAGUGGACCAUCCGGCCCAGAACUUUACCCCUGGGGUCCAAUUUGAUGCACGCCAGGCAUUUCCGCUUUCUCUGGGAGGAGAGUAUGAGAGGAGGAAAGAGGAGUGAAGGGAUCAUGAGGGUCAGGGCGGGGACUGGCCUACUUGGCAUUCUCUAGAGUGAAGAGAUACAGUGGUUUGAAUAAGAAUAUCCCCAUAGGUUCAGAUAUUGAAUACUCAGUCUUCAGUUGGUGGCUGCUUCAGGGGCUCUGGGGUUGGCUUGAUGGAGGAAGUGCAUCACUAGGGCAGGCUUUGAGAGUUUAAAGCCUUAUACCACUCCCAGUUCACUCUUUCUGCGUCCUGCUUGCUUUUGAACACGUGAGCUCUCAGCUUCUUUCUCUGACUGCCAUGCUUGCUGGUAGCCACGUCUCCCUGCCUCUCUGACAUGAUGGACUUUUAGCCCUUUGGAACCAUAAAACAAAAUAAACCUUCCUACUAUUA